AUGUGUUCUACACACGAGCAACCGAGAUCUAAUCAAACCACAGACAGCAUCUUCCACGAUCCAGACAGCGGAAUCCUUUUCGCCAGCUUCAAGUACAUUGGCACCGACUAUGACGCGGACAUGAAGAGGAUGAGGGAGAACCCAAAGGUGAGGGAGUGGUGGAAGUUGACGCACAGCCUCCAGGAGUCUCUUGUACCGGGGGCGAAGAGCAGUUCAGACGGGGAACCGGCUUGGUGGAAAGGGGUUGAGGAGGUGUUUUACACUCCUUGA